GGACUUUGGAAGGUCUGUAAUACUUGCUGCGCAGAAUCUGACCCAGCGCUGACAUGUUCGCUUCAUUCCUUCGAUCGACAGUACUUUUGGGGCUUUGUGCCACAUUCAAGGCUGAUCCUACAGCCUGUGAGACUGCUUUCUUCAACUUGGUGAGUGAAGAUGCCUGCGGAAAUGAGAAUGGGCCAGACGCAUCUUCUGCAUGCAGUGCAACUUGCAAGCCUUUGGCUUGUUCAGUGGUGAGCUCCUGCAUCGAUGGCUCCAGCAUUGCCUAUGCAGAUGAUAAAGGCCCAGCCUCAAUUUCAGCUGAAGAAGUGCGGAGCAUUGUCAAGGAGCUUGAGUCUGAACACACCAACUGCCCCUGCAGCCCAACCAAACGCUCGAAUCUGACCAAGGCGUUUCAGACCAUGAGAAAGAGCGCCAAGAAGGAUCCAGUGUCUUUGAGGGGCAACGUGGCAGACAGGACCCAAGAACCAGCUGCAACCGCCUGUGAGACUGCUUUCUUCAACUUGGUGAGUGAAGAUGCCUGCGGAAAUGAGAAUGGGCCAGACGCAUCUUCUGCAUGCAGUGCAACUUGCAAGCCGUUGGCUUGUUCAGUGGUGAGCUCCUGCAUCGAUGGCUCCAGCAUUGCCUAUGCAGAUGAUAAAGGCCCAGCCUCAAUUUCAGCUGAAGAAGUGCGGAGCAUUGUCAAGGAGCUUGAGUCUGAACACACCAACUGCCCCUGCAGCCCAACCAAACGCUCGAAUCUGACCAAGGCGUUUCAGACCAUGAGAAAGAGCGCCAAGAAGGAUCCAGUGUCUUUGAGGGGCAACGUGGCAGACAGGACCCAAGAACCAGCUGCAACCGCCUGUGAGACUGCUUUCUUCAACUUGGUGAGUGAAGAUGCCUGCGGAAAUGAGAAUGGGCCAGACGCACCUUCUGCAUGCAGUGCAACUUGCAAGCCGUUGGCUUGUUCAGUGGUGAGCUCCUGCAUCGAUGGCUCCAGCAUUGCCUAUGCAGAUGAUAAAGGCCCAGCCUCAAUUUCAGCUGAAGAAGUGCGGAGCAUUGUCAAGGAGCUUGAGUCUGAACACACCAACUGCCCCUGCAGCCCAACCAAACGCUCGAAUCUGACCAAGGCGUUUCAGACCAUGAGAAAGAGCGCCAAGAAGGAUCCAGUGUCUUUGAGGGGCAACGUGGCAGACAGGACCCAAGAACCAGCUGCAACCGCCUGUGAGACUGCUUUCUUCAACUUGGUGAGUGAAGAUGCCUGCGGAAAUGAGAAUGGGCCAGACGCAUCUUCUGCAUGCAGUGCAACUUGCAAGCCUUUGGCUUGUUCAGUGGUGAGCUCCUGCAUCGAUGGCUCCAGCAUUGCCUAUGCAGAUGAGAAAGGUCCAGCCUCAAUUUCAGCUGAAGAAGUCAAGGAGUUGGUUGCUGAACUUCGUUCGGAGCACAAGAGCUGUGCUUGUUGAUGAGUAGAGUGCCGGUCAGAUAGCAGCUUUGUCUUUUGCCAGCAGCCCGUUUAGUUUUGAGAGCCAGUGAAGAGCUCCGUGGUAGCUAGGCUGUACAGUUGCAGGCCAUCAGAUACUGUAAAGACUUAUUGUUGGCCAAUUCAGGCAUGUGUUCAACGUCAUUCAGAACCCGGAUUGUCUGGACUGAAGAGUCAAGAAUUUC